GAUUUGAAAGAGAGAGCUACGAUGAGUGUGGAGGACGUCGGCCCGUUUGUCAGCAAGCUGCGCGCCAUGGUCGCAGAGAUACAGAACCUACCGAUGCCGACGAUUGCAGCACUAGAUGGCACUGCGGUCGGCGGUGGCCUUGAGAUGGCAUUGGACGGGUGCGACAUGCGCAUUGCUGCGGACACGGACCAAGAUGGGCCUGUGGUGGAGACGAAAAUUUGGCAAUUAAUUCCUGGUGGAGGAGGGACGCAGAACCUGCCGCGGCUGAUCGGCAAGGCGAAGGCCAAGGAGCUGAUCUUCACGGGUCGUGUGCUGGACGGCGUACAGGCACACAGCGUCGGCCUCGUCAACGAUGUAGUCGAACAGAAUCGCGACGGUGACGCCGCCUACAGGCGCGCCGUGCAGCUUGCCUGCGAGAUCCUGCCGCAGGGACCAGUCGCAGUGAGGAUGGCAAAACUAGCAAUUGACAAAGGACUAGAGGUUGACCUUUCAACCGGACUGGCGAUCGAGCAGGCAUGUUACGCACAGGUUAUUCCGACCAAGGACCGGGUCGAGGGGUUGAGUGCCUUCAAGGAAAAGCGGCCUCCGGUCUACAAGGGCGAAUAGAGGACACUUGAUUCGACCUAAAUUGUCAUUGUAAUGAAAAGAAUUGAGUAGCUCCAACCGAUGUCAUUGUAAAUAUGCGAGAUACUGGGGUGAUCAUCUUACUCCAUCGGUCUUCAGAUAUAAUCAUAUUUUCUACUUGGGUGCAUGGUGUAGACGUGAAACCCGAAUCGCCCCCCUACCUCCCUCCCGGCUGCUUGUAAGCAUGUAGGUUCCAGCUGCGCGAAGUAGCAAGUUGAUUUUUGCGAAUAAAUGCAACACGAAUUAACUUGCGUGGCGACUGAAUGUAUGUAAUCGUGAAUCCAUGUAUACACGUACGUUUAUAAUGUAACCAGAAUCAGACCAUUUUUCUAAAGAGGCAGGUUUGCAUGAUUAACUGAACAAGAGUUGGCUUAUAUUGCAAUUGCAGCCAUUAGCCAGAUAUCGAAAUUAUUUUUUUAGUUGCGACAGAAUGCUGACACUGAGAACCCAUAUAGAGCUCAGUGCAACUGUCAAAAUGACGCUAUGAUAUAUAUUAACUAAGUAUGUAAUUUUCUCUUGCUACUAUAUCAAUAAUAAAACAAGAAAAACAUUAGUGCAAGUAUA